AUGUGGAACAUUGAAAUGCGUGGAUGUGUGUAUGUUUAUCAUGUAUUGUCUAUUUUGUUGCAGUUGCACUUUGUUCCUGAGAACUAUGUGGAGCACACAAGAGGAAAUGGAAUUCUUCGAAGGCUGAAAACAUCUGCUAUUCCCUCAUUGCAAAUAGAGGAAAUUCAAGACAGUGAAAAUCAUUGUAAUCCAAAAAUUAUACGAAGAUUUCGACAAACCGCACAAUGUUUGAAGGAUAUAACAAAUAUCCCUAUUAUAGGUAAAGAAAAAGAGAAUGAGCAUGCAUACUGCUUGAAAAUAUUAACUUGUGAUGAACAGGUACAGGACUGUUUAGAAGUAGGAAAUACUCAUAAAGGUGAGGAAUUAUGGCUGAGUAUAAGAUGGUUGAAAGAUGAACAUAGUGAUGUCACACAUGCAAUGAAAACCAUCGAUAAUGAAUCUACAUCUUGUUCAACGCCAUCAACCAAACAUCCAUUGUUGACGAGUAGACUAACUGCAUCAUCGGCUUUAUUGCAAGAGGACAUGACAGUAUCAGUGGCACAAAAAGAUUCCGACAAUGAUUGCAAUAAUCAGUUGGGUGCAACCACUGCUGAUAUACUGGACAACCAAGAAACUUUAUACAUGUAUCUAUAUCAUAUGUAUUUAUAUCGUGCAAUUUUAUUUUCUCUUAUAAGUUCGAAAUUCAGUAUUACUAUUAUAAUUUUUUUUUUUACGAAUUACGAAUAUACAUAUAUGUUAUGUAUUUAUGUUAUGACAAGGCUCGAAUAA